AUGCCCAAGUCCUACAAUGAAUGCUUCAGCCCCUCCACCUUCUUCCUCACGGGCAUCCCACAGCUGGAGGCAGCCCACGUGUGGCUCUCCAUCCCCUUCUGCCUCCUGUACGUCAUCGCCGUUGUGGGAAACGCCACCAUCCUGUUCGUCGUCAAGACCGAGGCCAGCCUCCACGAGCCCAUGUAUCUCUUCCUCUCCAUGCUGGCCGUCAUCGACUUGGUCCUUUCGUCCUCCACCAUGCCCAAGCUGCUCAGCAUCUUCUGGCUGGGCAACGGAGAGAUCGGCUUCCACCUGUGCCUGCUGCAGAUGUUCGUCAUCCACUCCUUCGCCACCAUCGAAUCGGGGAUCUUUCUCGCCAUGGCUUUUGACCGAUACGUUGCCAUUUGUGCCCCGCUGAGACACAAGGCUAUCUUGACGCAUCCCAUAGUAGCCAAGAUGGGGCUGGCAGCCACUGUGCGGGGCUUCCUGUAUAUCUGCCCUCUGCCCCUGCUCAUCAGGCGGUACACGUACUUCCACACCAAUGUCAUUGCGCAUUCCUAUUGCGAACACAUGGCUGUGGCGAUGCUCUCCUGCGAGGACAUUUCCAUCAGUGACCUCUAUGGUAUGAUAAUUGGUUUCUUGGUUCUCAUCAUUGACUCUUUAUGCAUCGGACUGUCCUAUAUCCUUAUCUUCCAGGCAGUGAUGAACUUGGCCACAGCUGAGGCCCGCCUGAAGUCCUUCAGCACAUGCUCAUCUCACAUCUCUGCCAUCUUGGCCUUCUACAUCCCCAUUGCUGUCUCUUCCCUGACUCAUCGCUUUGGCCACAAUGUGGCCCCCCCAGUGCAUAUCCUCCUGGCUAACCUCUACCUCAUCAUUCCACCGGUCUUGAAUCCCAUAGUCUACGCAGUCCGGACCAAAGAGAUCCGAAGGAGGCUGGCAAAGAUGUGGUCUCUGGGCAGAGGGGAAGCCAAAAACCUUGUGUAA